AUGACGGGCUCUCACACCGUGCACGUCUACCAUCCCUCCGCCUAUCAGAGCAAUGAUCUCUGCGCGGCGCGUGGCUGCAAAGAGGGCUCGGUGUGCUUUUUGGCCGUCGGAAAGGCAAUUUGCGUCAAGCGGGAUGUUGCUCGCGAAAAGCUCGGAAAGCACAAAUUCGUUGAGCACGGCACCGAUGACGAGCUGUUGCGCAAGAAGCAUCAGCACGAUCUGCUCACCGAGACGGCCAAGCACGAGAAACACGAGAAGCACUCCUGCACCCGAGGGGAGCUCGACUCGAUCGGUGGCCGACUUGUCCAGUGGUUCAGCGAUAUGCACCGUGUCCAUGGCGAGGGAAGGGACGUCUCAUUGAAAAGUCAGUUUCACGGGUUU